AUGGCGUGGCUGUGCUAUUGCAGCUGCGCCGUUGUAAGGGCAGGAAAACCUCCCCCUGGCUUGCAUCUGGAUGUAGUCAAAGGAGACAAAUUAAUUGAGAAACUGAUCAUUGAUGAGAAGAAAUAUUAUCUAUUUGGGAGAAACCCUGAUCUGUGCGAUUUUACCAUUGAUCACCAGUCCUGCUCUCGGGUCCAUGCUGCCUUGGUGUAUCACAAACAUCUUAAGAGGGUUUUCCUCAUAGACCUUAACAGCACACAUGGCACGUUCUUGGGUCAUAUCCGUUUGGAACCUCACAAACCCCAACAGAUUCCCAUUGACUCCACAGUUUCAUUUGGUGCCUCUACGCGGGCGUAUACUCUGCGAGAGAAGCCACAGACACUGCCAUCUGCGGUUAAAGGAGAUGAAAAAAUGGGCGGUGAUGAUGAGGAGCUCAAGGGCUUACUGGGCUUGCCAGAGGAGGAGACCGAGCUUGAUAACCUGACAGAGUUUAACACAGCCCACAACAAGAGAAUUUCCACGCUCACCAUAGAGGAAGGGAACUUGGAUAUUCAGAGACCAAAGAGAAAACGGAAGAACUCCAGAGUGACGUUCAGCGACGAUGACGAGAUCAUUAAUCCAGAGGACGUGGACCCUUCAGUUGGGCGUUUCAGAAACAUGGUACAGACAGCAGUGGUCCCAGUUAAGAAGAAACGGAUGGAAAACCCAGGCUCGCUGAGCAUGGAUGAGUCUGUAACACGGCGCAUGCAGAACUUCCCCUACGGUGGAGGAUUGUAUGGUGGCCUGCCUCCCACUCACAAUGAGGCAGGUUCCCAAUCGCAUGGCAUUCAUGGGACAGCACUCAUUGGAGGCCUGCCAAUGCCCUACCCCAAUCUUGCCCCAGAGGUGGACUUGACUCCUGUUGUGCCAUCGACAGUUAGCAUGAACCCUGCUCCCAACCCUGCCGUCUUUAACCCUGAAGCUGUGAAUGAACCGAAGAAGAAGAAAUGCAAAGGAGGCUUGGCCAGGCAAGAAGCCCACCCCUUCUCUACUGAUCUGAGAUGGGCUUUGUUUGGGGGUGGGAGCGAUGAACUUGAGAAACUGUUCCCAUGCAGUAUCGUCUUUUAAAGUUUGUGUCCUAACCACAUGUAAUAUCAAGAUUGGAGGAGUGAAAUGUCCCUCAAAGAUCUGUCUUCAAAACAUUUUUAUAUGUCUGUAAAAAACACAUCUCCCACCUCCUUUUGAAUCCAAAGGCCAGCAGCCUUUUCCCUUGGCCAUUACGCUCCAUAAGUUAAAAGGACACUGUCAAGUAAUUCAGCCCCCAAAUUUAUGGCCUGAUCCUGCAAACACAUCAACUAGGUGUAGUGCUGACUACGAUGAGUAACCUUGCUCCAGCUAGACUGCUCAGGGCAGUAUGCACUACCUCAAGAGUAAGUGUGCCAGGGCAGGCCUAAAUUCAGUACUGAAUCAGGCUUUUGUGUGUAACUUUAAAACAUUACAAAAUGUAAUAUAAAUGGAAUGGCUUUUAUUGUUUUACCGUUACAAAAUCACAUAAAGGCUUUUAGUUUGGCUGUAAACA